AUGGAUCCCCAGUGGCAGCAAUAUCCCGACGCAAACUCGCCUGGCUCCUCGAGACGUCACAACGGCAGCAACCAGACCUCCCGAGACUAUACCAACCAACCGCCAUCUCAAGGCGGAUAUAAAUACGACCAGUUCCACGGCGGUGCCCCCGUUCAUUCAGCUGCUGCUCCGCCUGCUUCUGCUCCUGUUGGUAACCCUAACGCGACCGCAUCCCCCAUCUCACUUUCUCAGAUGCCCGACGGAAACGGUGACGUCGCAAUGCACGAUGCUCACGAUGCUCAUGCCGGUAUUAAAUACCCUAUGAGACCUCAUCACCAAUCCCAUCAAUCGGGCAGCCGUCCCAUUAAUCUUCAUUCUCCCCAGGAGUCUUCUGCUGCUCAACGAUACUCGCCCAUGGAGACUUUGUCCCCCACUUCGCCCUACGCGCCCAAGUCUGCUUCCAACAGCCAAUUCACCAGCCCGACACAGCGACAGUCACCCACACGCCAGCCCGAUUACUCUCAGUCUCCUUACUUCCCCGGUGCUCGUCAACAUCAGCCAGGACAACAUCUGCCUCCUAUCAACCCCUACGCGUCUAGUGGUCACCAGGAAAACUAUCCCUCAUCUGCUGUCAGCCAUCUCGACGCUGCCUUCAACCUCGAUCCUAAGUCUCCGCGCCGGCCCGUUCCUCAGCAAGUGACCAGGGGUCCUGUUCCAGAAUUCAAGCCAUUGUCAUCCUCUACCGACUUGCAACCCAAAGUCAAUUUGCAGCCAGCCUUUCGUCGUGCCAAUCCUGAGGGCGGCUUUAUCAGCCCCCUUCAGGCACUCACCGUUCAACUGCCUGCUACCUACCGUAUUUGCAACCCGAGCUUCAAAUACGAGUCGUCUCGCAAUCCCCGUAGAGUGUUGACAAAACCCAGCAAGGGCACCAAGAAUGAUGGUUACGACAACGAAGACAGCGAUUACAUUCUUUAUGUAAACGAUAUUCUUGGUUCCGAGGAGGCUGGCCACAAGAAUCGUUAUCUUAUUCUGGACGUCUUGGGCCAGGGUACUUUCGGCCAAGUUGUCAAAUGCCAGAAUCUCAAGACGCAGGAGGUAGUUGCCGUCAAGGUUAUCAAAAACCGCACCGCCUACUUCAACCAGAGUAUGAUGGAGGUUUCCGUCCUUGACUUGCUCAACACGAAACUCGACAAGAAUGACGACCACCAUCUGCUGCGCCUAAAGGAUACUUUUAUCCAUCGACAACAUCUCUGCCUGGUUUUUGAGCUUCUGAGUGUCAACCUCUAUGAACUUAUCAAGCAGAACCAGUUCAGAGGUCUCAGCACCACGCUAGUUCGCGUGUUUGCUCAGCAGCUUCUCAAUGGUCUAGCGCUGUUGAACAAGGCUCGUCUGAUUCAUUGUGAUUUGAAGCCCGAAAACAUUCUUCUUAAAAACCUUGAGAGCCCUAUCAUCAAGAUUAUCGAUUUUGGCUCAGCUUGCGACGAGCGACAGACUGUCUACACUUAUAUCCAAUCACGAUUCUAUCGAUCUCCGGAGGUGCUGCUUGGUCUGCCAUACUCGUCAGCCAUCGAUAUGUGGUCUCUGGGAUGUAUUGUGGUGGAGCUCUUCCUGGGCCUUCCCUUGUUUCCCGGAUCUUCUGAGUACAAUCAGGUUUCGCGAAUUGUCGAGAUGCUAGGAAACCCCCCGAACUGGAUGAUCGAGAUGGGCAAGCAGGCAGGCGACUUUUUCGAAAAGCGACAGGAUGAGUUUGGACGACGGACGUACCAGCUGAAGCCAAUGGAACAAUACGCCCGGGAGCGCAAUACUAAAGAGCAACCCAGCAAGAAGUAUUUCCAGGCCAACACUCUUCCCGAGAUUAUCAAAACUUACCCCAUGCCCCGAAAGAACAUGAAGCAGAGCGAGAUCGACAGAGAAAUGAACAAUCGUAUUGCAUUUAUCGAUUUUGUUCGAGGUCUUCUAACAAUCAAUCCUCUGGAAAGAUGGUCUCCACAGCAAGCCAAGCUUCACCCUUUCAUUACUCAGCAGAAGUUCACUGGCCCUUUUAUACCACCAAUGAACCUCAAGUCAAGCUCUCUGAACAGAUCACCGGCGCCCGGUACACAGCAGCAGCAACAGGCUGAAGCGCUCAGCAAGCAGCGGGCGCAAGCGGCGCAACAGCAAGCUGCCUCGGCCGCUCCUAACCCGUACCCAGCGAACGCCAAUCAAUAUGCGCAGCAGGGGCAUGCGCAACCGCAAAUGUACGGAAACAACAUGUAUCCCCAGGGAGGUAGCCAUGGCAAUAUGCCCUCGCCAUAUGGCCAGCAACAUGGCCAGUAUGGACAAAUGCCUGUUUCCCAACAACCGCAGCAGGUGCCUCAAGGCCAGUAUGCGCAAAUGCCCCAGCCCAAUAUGUAUCAGCAUCAGCAAGGGGGAAUUAGACCCGUGCGUCAACGCGCAUCUACCAUGGAGCAGCAACAGAGCGGCAUCCCAGCCGCUAUUCAACGAGUCGCAAGCCAUCUUGAUCCCAGUCAACCAAUUCGUCUACAGCCCAGUCCAGCGUAUUACCCGCCUACUGGGGAAAGCAUGACGGGUGGCAACGUCGAUAACCGAAUGGCAGCAAAUCGAAGAGGGAGCCGCGUACAGCAAGGGGGUCGGGGCAACAGAGACUUCAUUCGCAACCUGGAAGAGCGUACUCUAGAAGAAGGUUUUAUGGGAAACCAGAACACGUGGCAUUGA